GCGCGGGCUUGCCUUUUCUCUGUGGUGCUUGUAGAGAUUAAUUAGCAGGCCCCCCGCAUCUCGUCCCCCUUACCGUCUACUGCAUCUCGUCGGGGUUCAUCUCACCGGCGAGAACACUGGAAUCGUCACUCCGCCCGGCCGGAAUCGCAGAUCCGUAGCUCCCUCGCUUGCCUCUCCUUCCUGCUGCAACUCUUGUCUGCUCACCGGUGAUGGUCUGAUCCGCUGCCGGGAGCUCCUCCGAGGAGAGGUCGUCUAGGGCUUGGCCCUGUUAGCCUCAUUCCUUUCCUUUUGUUUGAGAUAUUGUGCAGAUUGCAAAUGCUGGGAUUGUGUAGGAGUGAGGACUAUCUUUGUGCAUGAGGAUCUGAUAAGAAGCACGGCAAGAUGUACGGGAAGACUCUUCCACAUCAUAUCUCUGAUUCCAACAGGAGGAUUAUCGAGACGAGUGGUCCGUCAAGGCGGGUCUAUCAAGUGUGGGAAGGAAGCAACAAAUUCUUUCUGGGAGGGCGGCUUAUAUUUGGUCCAGAUGCGAGAUCUCUGGUGCUUACAAUAAGUCUUAUCAUAGUUCCAGUUAUCCUCUUUGCUAUAUUUGUCUCACAGAAGCUGGUUAAUGAGUUCCAUCAUUAUGGAACUCUCAUUAUAGCUAUCACUCUUAUCUUUGCUGCAUAUGAUAUUAUUCUUCUCUUUCUUACUUCUAGCAGAGAUCCAGGAAUUGUUCCUCGUAAUGCACAUCCUCCUGAACCAACGGACAAUGGUAAUAUCUCACCCAGUUUAUGUGCGGACUGGCAAGGGAGUCAUGGUGGCUCCUCAAGUUUGCCACCUACCAAAGAUGCCUUUGUAAAUGGCAUUAUCAUAAAGGUCAAAUAUUGCAACACUUGCAUGCUUUAUCGCCCCCCUCGUUGCUCCCACUGCUCAAUCUGCAACAACUGUGUGGAGCGCUUUGAUCAUCAUUGUCCCUGGGUCGGGCAGUGUAUCGGAAGAAGGAACUAUCAUUUAUUCUUUAUGUUCGUGUUUUCAACAACCAUUCUAUGCCUGUAUGUCUUUGCCUUCUGCUGGGUCAACCUGAAAAAGAUUAUGGAAGCAUAUGAAUGCAAUCUCUGGGCAGCUGUUCUGAAGUCACCUGUUUCUGGCAUUCUCGUCAUUUAUACAUUCAUAGCCACUUGGUUUGUUGGGGGCUUGACAGCCUUCCACUUAUACUUAAUUUGCACCAAUCAGACCACAUAUGAGAAUUUUCGAUAUCGCUAUGAUGGCAAAAUGAAUCCUUAUAACCAUGGGUGCAUCCAUAAUGUUAAGGAGGUCCUCUUCUCAUCAGUUCCCAAGUCCAUGAAUAAUUUCAGAGCAAAGGUGAAAGAGGAUUCAGCUGGAUUCACCUCAUCGCGUUCUUUGGGGCGUGUUGUGAGUCCAGAUAUGCCGAAGACAAGCUUUGACCUAGAGAGUGGUGGGAAAAGGCAUACCGUGGCUGCAGAGGAGCUUGAAGACAUUCAGAGCCAGUUCGAGAUCGGAGCGUCAGAAAGAUGCGAUACCCAACCACCACACUCAAGCUGGCCUGGUGAUAAAGGCAAUUGGGAAAUAACACACGACAUCGAGGCACUGGCUGCUGAAUUUGGAAUGGAGCAUGGAUAUGGGGACACAGGAAAUACACGGGGGAUUCCUUGAAAUGAUGUUGAGAUGCAGAUUGAUAGUUGCUAAUCCAGCUAACUGGGAUCCAUUCUAGGAGUGGUCAGACGUGAAACAAAAAGCCUUUUGUCUGAUUCAUGCUGCGAAUGGUUAACGAAGGACGAGUUUGUAUCCAGUAACAUGAUGCAGCAUCAACUGUAUACACGUAGUUGAUAUGGAGUUGGAGGUGUUUGUAAAUGUCUGCAUGUGCUGUUGUUUUCUUGGGAAUUCAAUCUUUUCAUCUGUCCUUUUUCUUCUUUAUUGUAUUGGGACCAAGAUACUUCUUAGCCUGUUCAAGGUCAAGGCCAAGGCCAAGGCCAAGUAGAACUUGAUGUUAGUUGUGGGUCUGUGUGUAAACUUCAACUCAUUUCUUGCAGAACAGCUACCGAGAAGUUGGGUUGAAUUUGGUGAGGAUUUCAUUGA